GUAGGAAUUUAUUUGUGGACCUGUCAGUAUUACUGUAAGAAUGUAUUGUCCGCGGCUAAGACAGAGACCACAUAAUGCAGCCAUUCUGUAGUGUAUUUAUCCUUCAAGUAGUUUUCUUAUGGAUUUUUCCUUGUCACUGGACUUCAACUUCCACAUUAUCGGUGUUUCCGGUAGACAUUUGCCCUAAAAAUGAAACUGAAGUGGAAGAAGCCUCGGGAAAACUUAAUUGUUCUAUUGGUUACGACGAAACUAAGAAUGAGUAUCAUUGUGUACCCAUGUCAAACUUUACACAACUUGUCAAGUUUUGUUAUCCGAAAACAAGUGGAUUGAUAGGAAAAGGUCUUUGCAUGUUUCUUUCGGGAAACACUUUGGAUGCUCGAGAGUGCCACCAAUUUAAAGAUGGAUGUCCUGAUAUCCUUUACACUUCCGAGACGAUGUACCAAUUUCUUGUCUGUUCGCUGAUCAAUAAAGAAUCCAAAUGCUAUUUGGCAGAUCCUGCAUGCCCUUUUCUCUGGCAGCCUUCAUCUACCCCCGUCACAAAACCACAACUAAUAGAAAUACCCCGAUGGAUACAGGUACAUCAACAAUGAUUAUAGUGAUUGGGAUAUUUACUCCUUUGAGUCUUCUGGUUCUAUCAGCUUUUGCCUACUUCAUGUUCAGAAGAAGACGAAUGAGAAAUGAGAAUGGAUUACACCAACAGAAGGAUGCGUUAAAUGAAGGAUCACAAACACAACGUGAGUUGGAUAUGGAAAUGCUAACUUUGAUCGGGGAUGACUUAGAUCCAAAUCAUUCAGAGUUGAGGGAUGAUCAAAGACUGGACGAAAUCAAAGAUCAAGCAGCACGACAUAUUGACAGUCAUCGAGAUUUUGACGCCUUUUAUUAUGAAACAUCUAUUUAUAAAAAGGUUCAAAACUCCUUCAGGGAUCGUGGGGUCGUGAUUAUAGAAGGUCCGACUGGUUGUGGCAAAACAGCGGCCGCCACACAUUUAUUAUCAAACUUUGAUGACUUGAAGGAGACAUAUAUACUUAUGGCAACACAAUACAGCGAUUUAUAUCAACACAGUGGCGACAAUGACUCUCAAGUCAUUUAUCUGGUAGACGACAUGGACAUUGACAAGUCUGAUACGCAUAAUUGGCUAGCGGCUUUCGAGAUGUUACAUAACAAAAUGAAUGAUUCACAAACAACACAUCACAGCAAAAGAAAACAUCUCAAAAUUCGCUUAGUAGUUACAACAUUUCAUGUUCCAUCAAAAUUUCACAGCAAUCCCUUAUUUUCAGAAGAGGCUGUGAUACAUGUGCCGGAACUAAGUAAGAGAGAAAAAAUUAAAAUCUUACAACAACAAAUGAAAUACGCUGAAAAAUACCUGACGAUCAAAUCUGAAGAUCUCGAUAAAGAUUUCCAAGAACGCAUUGAUAAACCAAGAACUUCUAUAGGAUUUCCUCUUGCUGCCCAAUUGUACGCAAGAGAAGAAAAAUACCGUAAACAAGGCGUUGAGUUUUUCGAAAAUCCGAAGAUACUUUUUCAAAAAUCAUUAAAAGAGUUUAUUGAUAGCGAUGAAACUAAAAGCUUACUUACGGCACUCAUUAUUGUAUAUCUUCGCGAGAUACUUGAAGGAGAAGAAGAUGUACCAGAUGGUAUUGCAAGCGCGAAACUGCUUGAACCAAAUACAUGUGAAAAUGCCAUAAAUCGACACGUCGUUAAAACAUUAAAUUUGAGAUUUGAUAAAUUGUCUAAUUGUGCAAAAAAGAUGCAGGGGAUUUUCUUUCUGAAAAGUGAAGAAGACGCCUAUAAGUUUUGUCACAAUCUUGUUCGUGAUUCUGUAGGUGCAUUUCUGUUUAAGGAGUGUUUUAAACCUGUUGUUGCGCAUUUUCCAGUAUCUGCAAUUGCAUACGAAACAAACGAAUUUUCUGAUUUCAGCGACGAGGAAUUUACUUUUAUCGCCGAGAGAUUUAUCGUUGAAAUGAAGGAGGGAAACAUGGAAGAGUUGUGUAAAUGUACGGUUCUGAAAAAUGCGAAAUUUCUGAACAUCAUGGAUGCAAAAUUAAAGGAAGAGAAAAGUACAUUGGAAGAAAUAUUGAACGCGUUUGAUAAAAAACAUCAGCAUUUACCGCUGACGUUUUGGUGUGGCCGAUUCGGGUUGUUGAAAUUUUCUGAAAUGUUAAAAACGUUUGUAGACGACCUCAUUCCAGGUCGGCGAUUGAUAAAUCGUUACUUUAUUCUGCUUGGUGAGUUUGCCACUACAAGACCUAGAGAUAUUAACAAUAAACUACAGGAUAUUCAACAUUCGUCAGAAAUAAGGAAAAUAUUAUUCGCCGAUCGGCCAAGUUGCAUUCAUGAAAUUAUUUUAUCCAACAGGCAAGAUAAAGAUGUGAAAGCAAUCCUUGAAGACCUUAUAGAAGACGGAACGCCAUUGGAUGUUUAUGACAAAAACCAAAAAACUCCUUUGAUGAUGGCUGUGCUUUGUGAUAAAAGGAGAAAAUCAACCAUAAAUUUACUUUUGAAACAUUCAGAUUUAACAAAAGUAGAUGGAAGGAAGUAUUCUGUGUUCCACCAUUGUGUUGCAACCGACAAAGAUGACCUGAGUUGUUCAAAAAUUCUUUUGGAACUUCUCAGAGCUUGCAAGCAAAAGGAUUGUAAAGAUGUCUUGCAGAGUACAAGUGGUUCUGGGCUCACGGUGCUUCACAGAGCUGCCAUAGUAACAAAAUACAGUAGGAUACAAUGUAUGCAGAUCCUGCUUGGUUUUGAUGAAGGUCUUUGCAGAGAAGAAAUAGCUUAUGAUGAAACUGAUCAAUCCCCAAUAUACAAUUUGAUGAAAUACUUGAGAGGAAAUGACGUUUUGGUAGAACUUGAACGUCUAUCACGAGUUUGCAUGCUGCUAUUGUAUGGCUGUUCACCAUAUCAUAAGAAAGGAGGGGACAAAAGUGCUUGGGAAAAAAUGACAGGUGAUAAAUCCGGUAUUCAUAAAAAAUUAAUUCAGGUAGUAAGAGCAAAUCCCGAUCAAAAAGAAAUGAUUGAAAUCAUUGACUCUGUGUUGGACGAUGUACCAGAGAAUGUUGAAAGAUGCGAUAUCGACUUUGAUUCAUUAAUACUGGAGCCACCAAAAGAAAUUUCCCCAAGUUUGUCAAUGCUUUUCAGAAAGGCAACUCAGUGUUUAGGCAAUAAAAGAUUCAGUUAAAUCCUAAAGAGGAAAGAUAUACAUGUGUAUAUAAUCUUACAGUGAGAAAAUUAGCAUUGGUUUCAGUCUUCAGACAUCCCAGCUAGGACAGUUCCCACUUUUUGUACAUUUGACUGAUAUUUUUAUAAAGAUUAUAAUUCCUCGGAAUGCUUUCAUAUUAUUCAUCUAUAAUAAAAUAAUAUUUUUUGAAAAA